CCUCCCUCCAAUUACCUCCCUCAGCUCGUCCUCAGUCUACUAAACGAAUUCGAAUGAUCGGAUUCAUAAUUCACCAUCACCAUGCCAUUGCCGGCGAUCAACAUGCAGAUUUCAUUUUAUAGACUACAUCCACUUCGAAUGCUCCGUCCAAUCAAGAUUCUCGGAUCUCCGCCGCCUUAUACCUAGCUACAAGCUACUACUGUUACAACUUAAUGAGUUCCUACUGGUAACUGGUAACUGAUACCACAAUCUCUUUGGACCUUGCGAACCUUAAUAUCUUGUCAUUGAAUUCUCAUUAUUUUCAUGAUUACAGUUCCCAAGUACCCAGGUAUCUGUUUGUAAAUGACUUCCCAUCUAUUACAUUCACUCACUCGCUCACCCAUUCAUUCAUUCCUUUAUUCAAUCUCAUCCAACUUUCGUGACUACCUACCUAGGUAGAGUUUGCCCCUCUCGAGGAAUUAAUUGUGCAUUCACAUUCGAGCAUGACGCUUGUGAAAAGGGUCCAUUAAUUCGCCUUCCAAACUGCGAUGCCCACAAAGUUCAGUUCGGAAACAUCUGUUAGGGUGUCCGAAGUUCAAAGGGUACGAGAAGUUUACAAAUAUCUUCCCCCCUUUGCAGCACCCCUUAUCUCCCCGCUCAAACAAGAUGAUAAAAAUGCAGAAAGGUCAAAAUCCUACCCCAAGGCCUUCUCGUCAUCGGAUAGAGCACUCAAUGCCUUCGCGCAACUUGGUGCUCUGCGAUUAAGGGCAAGGCGGGCUAUGAUCUCCCUCGUUGAUCGGACGCAUGAAUAUAUAUUGGCAGAGUCGACAAAGACAUUAUCAUCACAGAAUGAUGAUGUGCACGAUGAUGGAGAUUCCCUAUGGCUAGGCUUACGAACUAUACCUCGCGAAGACUCAUUAUGUGCUGCUGUUAUAAAUACACCGCGAUCAGAGAGCCAGCGUGACGACACUGAAUUUCGACCUAAAGUAAUACCAAAAGUUAUAAACGAUCUGUCCGACGAAACCUUGCGUUACGACCCCAAUAUUAUUGGAUGCCCGAAAAUCCGGUUCGUGGCUACUGUUCCCAUACGAUCUCGUCAAGGAUUCGACAUAGGGGCAUACAGUGUGUUUGAUGACACUCCUCGGAGCGGAUUGUUGCCAGAAGAACUGGAAUUCUUAACAGACAUAACUGAUACAGUGAUGGAGCACCUUGAGAACAUUGCUGUAAAGAGAGAUCAUCAAAGAGGAGAGAAGAUGGUGAAAGGAUUAGGAUUGUUUGUAGAAGGUCAUUCUAGCAUUAAAUCUUGGUGGCUGCGCACUCGAAAUGAUCGCGAAACAUCCGUUCGGGGUAAAGAUUCAUAUGCUACAAGAAGCGUAGGAGGUCUGACAGCUCCUGAUGAAGAUACCAUCGAGAAUUUAGGGACUGCUGGCCCUGAAGCAAAUGCAUCAUCUGCUGAUCGAUUGGGAGAGAUGGAGGAGUCGAUAUCUCUACUUCCGACCUCAUCCUCACCUCCGAGUAAUCUUUGCAAUGAUCUGCCGCUCAGGCCGAGAGGUGAAAAUGACGAAUCGAAUGACCACUCCUCUGUCCAAGUGAGGGAUAUCUCACCCUGCUUCAAGGAACAACUCGAUCAACCAUCCACCCUUAAUUUGCCCAUUCAUUCUCCGCUAAUACCUUCUGACUCGCCAUCAGACUCGCCAUCGGACGAAACCCCCAGGAGUUCAUUAUCCAAAUCUCCUGAUCAAGCGCAUCUACCCAUGCCGGCUGGAGAGACAACUAUCAACGAUAUCAAAACUCGUUCCCCUUCCGAAAAAGCCGAAGCUCUAAAAAGAAUGCUUUCCCGUGCGAGCAAUCUCAUACGUGAGUCGACAGAUGUGGAAGGCGUGAUUUUUUUUGAUGCUAAAGAAAGCUCUUUUGGGCAUCAGUCUUCUUUAAAUAACCGGGAGAGACCCGCUGGCUUACAUGACGCUGCACAAAUAUCCAGCAGCGAAGAUGUUUCAAGAACCUCUUCGCGGUACGAUACCUCGGAUAGUGUUAAUGGAAAAGAUUCUGACAGCAGGAGGUCAAAAAUGAAGGUACAGGCUUCACAAACACGCAUGUGUGAAGUACUAGCAUAUUCCACAGCCUCACGCUGUACAUUACGUGGUGAUACAAGCUUUCCAGAGCACCUCACUGUUAAAGAAAACUUUGUUCGCCGCCUUCUCAAGCGCCAUCCUCAUGGCAAAGUGUUUGCUUUUGACGAAGGGGGUCAUAUGUCGUCCAGUGAAGAUGAAAUGCUCGACGCUGCGCCGACCGGAGAAAUAUCAGUUGUUGUAGACACUUCCCAAAACUCGAUAGUUAAGAAAGCAUCUUCUAAGGUCAUGGAAGGCCGAACUAUGCUAAAAAUAUUUCCCGGCGCCAGAUACGUAAUGAUUUUACCAUUAUGGGAUUCGCAUAAUGAGCGCUGGUUUGCUAGUACUAUGCUCUGGACUUCUGAUCCAACUAGGGUACUCAGUCUAGAUGACGAUUUAAAUUACGUGGCUGCUUUCGGAAAUAGUAUCAUGGCUGAAGUUUCUCGUCUAGAAAUAGUCGCAUCUGACCAAACGAAGACUGCUUUAAUAUCAUCAAUAAGUCAUGAACUGAGGAGUCCGCUACAAGGAAUUCAAGGAUCAAUCGAGCUUCUACAAGACACACAAAUCAACAACUAUCAAAGGAAUGCGUUGGAGACGAUUGGACAUUGUUCUACAACUUUACUUGAUACAUUAACUAAUGUACUUGACUAUGCGAAAAUCAAUAACUUCACUACAGUAAAAAAGACGGAACAAAGAGUGGUACGCAACUCGUCCAAGAUACGAAAAGCUGUUCCGGCGGAGAAGUUUCAGAUCUACGGAACAAUUAGCUUGACCUCAGAUCUUGAUAUUGCCUCUAUCACAGAGGAUGUCAUUAAUGGUAUAUAUGCUGGGCACGUUCAUGUUAUUCACUCGACUCCACAUGAUGCUUACACUGAUAUUGACUAUCUAAACUCACCCACCAAUUCUGAUUUUCAAGGAAUGAAGGAACCGGCGCCGUUAUCUGUAAUUCUUGAUGUAGACCACAAAUCCAACUGGACUUUUUUGACUCAACCUGGGGCCUGGAAGCGUAUUCUGAUGAACAUAUUUGGCAACGCACUAAAAUAUACCACAUCAGGAUUGAUCAAAGUCAGUCUUGGGUAUAAGACUGCUGCAUCAAAAAAUUCAAGAGUCAAUCAAGCGUUGGUUACUUUGACGAUUAGUGAUACUGGUAGGGGGAUUGCGGAAGAUUUUCUGAAGCGUCAGAUAUACACUCCUUUUGCGCAGGAAGAUAGCCUGACACCCGGUGCUGGCUUGGGUCUUAGUAUCGUUCGUCAAAUUGUCGGAGCACUCGAUGGGAAAAUCGAUGUUUUUAGCAUCCAAGGUACUGGUACAGUUGUCAAGGUUGUUCUCAAACUAGACAAGUCCCAACCACAGUGUGGCGACGUACCUCGCAUGCCAAACAAUAUUGAAAGGGCUAGAAGUUACACUCAUGGCCUAGAGCUGGUACUGAUAGGAAUGGAAAUUUCACCGCCAGAGUCUGAGAAAAAAGCAGGUGGGGAAUCUAGCCAUGAUAGAUCUGUGGGGCCAGCAAUCUCUAGGAUUACCAGGAAUUGGUUUGGAAUGAAGCUUAGUGAAGCUGUUGAAUUUGUUGCAAAGACUGCAGAUAUCUUCAUGGUAACUUCCGAGAAAUUCUACGAACUGGAGAAUCAUUGGAAAACUCUCUACUCGGAAACUACAGGUGAUGCACAGAAGAAGCAUUUGAUUGUUUUAACAGGCUUUGAACAAUCAGAAAGAAGAACGUUAUUCGAGAAUCACCAAAAUAUUCAUUUCCUCAGCAAUCCAAUCGGCCCUAAAAAGCUCGCAGAUUGUUUUCUCUCUAUAUUCGAAAGGUCUCAUAAUUCCUUCCUCGCAAUGCCUCCUAAUGCACGACGAAUCACUUCUCCUUCUUUUAAUACGAGUAUUGCUAAACCAGACUACAAUCGUUCACUAUCCGAAAUUCUCUUGUCCACCAAGCCGAUCGCACUCCUCGUCGAAGACAAUACCAUCAAUAUGAAAAUUCUCAUUGCGUGUAUGAAGAAAUUAUCUGUGCAAUACUACUGCGCGGUAAAUGGUCUACAUGCAGUAACCACCUACCAAAACGCGAGAGUCAAACCGGAUAUUAUCUUUAUGGAUAUAAGUAUGCCGAUCAUGAAUGGGUUUGAGGCAUCUCGAAAGAUUAGAGGGUUAGAGAAGAAAGAGGGUUGGAAAGCAAGUGUUAUUGUGGCGGUAACUGGGUUGGCUAGCGAUGAGAGUCAAAGGGAGGCGUAUAGCAGCGGGAUUAAUCUUUUCUUGAGUAAACCUGUACCUCUGAAGGAGUUGGGAAAAAUUGUGUUGGAGAUGGAGAAGGAAAACGAGAGGAGAGCAAGUGGUUAGGGGUUAAGGGAUUGGUGCAGUUAAAAGAAGGACUGGGUGAAUGGAUAGAAAAUGGAUGGAUGGAUGGGUCGGGGUUCAGGGUUGAUUUGGGACAGUAUGAGAUGGACUGAGUUCGGAUGGAACCGCAUGAAAUCAGACGACAUCGAUCCUCGGAUGAUAUGGAAAGCUAUUAGGCUCGGCUGGGAAAUGAUGGCAAGGAAUGAAAAAGAACGGUAUAGGAAUCGGAUGGGAUGGGAUGGAAGGAGUUGGGAUGAAUUGAGAUACACAAAUAAUAUGCAUACACCUAGCCUUCUAUACAAAAUACAAAGAUACCCCGUAUACGAAUCAUGGGAUUGUUUAUAUAUAUUGUAAUAUAGAUUUAUAUGUAUGUAUGGAGGUAUGUAACGUUUUUUUGAGGGGGGUGGGAAAAUUUAAAAGUUGGGAAGUGGAAAAGUUUAGUUUGGUAAUAGGGUAGGGUAGGGUAGUUUGAUAUGGGAUUUAAUAAUAAUGAUUAUGAGACUUUGUGGAUUCGAUAUAUUGGAAAUUGAAUGAUUUGAAUGGAUGGGGUUGUUGGGUUUGACUUGAGUUGAGUUGAGUUGAGUUACUGGGUGAGUGAGUGGAUGGGUGAGUGGAUGAGUGGAUGAGUGAGUGAGCGAGUAAGUGAUUCUUAUUUGAAAUUGAUUUGUUUGGAGAGGGGGAGAGAGAGAGAGAGAGAGAGUAUAGAAUGUGAGAUGUGAUGGGAGA